AGCUGAUUGUAUCAGAUAUUUUCUGUCGAAAGUUGAACUUUAAUUGAGAUCGUUUUAGUUGAAUCUAAUUAAUCAGACUAAUUAGUGUUUGACUUUAUUUCUGUUUCUAAAUAUUUUAAUUGUUUUGUUCAGAACACAGCUAGGUUUUGGUAAUAACUAAAGAUUUCCAUCACUCAGUCAUCAUGUAUAAUGGAAUUGGUUUACAAACUCCUCGUGGAAGUGGGACCAAUGGUUAUGUGCAAAGAAAUUUAGCUCACAUUCACAAAUCAAAGAAUAAAGUUGAAUACAAAACUGAAGAUGACAUUAAAAAGAAUCUUGAUGAUCUUUUACCCAAGCCAAUUAAUCCUGAAAUAUUAGAUCAUCAAAGGAAACGAAAAAUUGAACUUAAAUGUGUUGAACUUGAAGCUCAAUUGGAAGAUGAAGGUGCAAGCCAAGAAGAAAUUGACAAGGCUGUUUCUAGAUUACGAGAGAAACUACUCGCCAAAGAAGCAAAAUCUAAAAAUUAAUCAACAUGAAAAUCCAAUUAUCGAACAAUUUAAAUUCCAACUUGAAACACUGAUCGAUUCUUAUUUUCGAUUCUAUCAGUUCCUUCAACGAUUUAUUUCCUUAAUUUUCUCUAUCAAAUGAAAUAAUUGAAAUAAAUUAUCAAUCGAUAACACAAUCAAA